UCUUCAGAUUUGUCUCCACUCCACAGCUCACACCUACCUCAGACUCCGGAUAGGGAUAUCUGGGUGCGUGGUGGGGUGGGCGGUGUUCUUAAUCUCCGCCUGGAAAGAGUUUCUUAGUAAUGGUGGGAGGGGGUGGGGAAUACCUCUUUUCAAUUGCUCGGAGGACGGCUGCCAAAGAGAUGCAGUAGUCCCAGUCCCUUUUAGGUGUCAGGGAGGAGUCGAGUUAUUUCCGCCAUGUUGGUGAAGGCAAAGGAAGGCGACUGAAGCUCCAGGACUGUCAGCUCUGCUGGCUCAAGUCCGCCAUAUUAAUAAAGAAAAAGGGAAGGUUGACACUACCCAAACACACACACCCCUACCUCCCUACCCCGCUGCCACGACUCGGUGGGCCCUUCCCCUGCCUCACUUGCCCAGUCGCCCGAAGGAAGCGUUAGCCAGCGCCUCAGAACAGGCUUAAGACAGCGCCGAAUGAGGGGGAAAGGGAAAUGCCGACCAAUUGCGCCGCGGCGGGCUGUGCUACUACCUACAACAAGCACAUUAACAUCAGCUUCCACAGGUUUCCUUUGGAUCCUAAAAGAAGAAAAGAAUGGGUUCGCCUGGUUAGGCGCAAAAAUUUUGUGCCAGGAAAACAUACUUUUCUUUGUUCAAAGCACUUUGAAGCUUCCUGUUUUGACCUAACAGGACAAACUCGACGACUUAAAAUGGAUGCUGUUCCAACCAUUUUUGAUUUUUGUACCCAUAUAAAGUCUAUGAAACUCAAGUCAAGGAAUCUUUUGAAGAAAAACAACAGUUGUACUUCAACAGGACCACCUAAUUUAAAAUCAAACAUUAGUAGUCAGCAAGUACUACUUGAACACAGUUAUGCCUUUAGGAAUCCAAUGGAGGCAAAAAAGAGAAUAAUUAAACUGGAAAAAGAAAUAGCAAGCUUAAGAAGGAAAAUGAAAACUUGCCUACAAAAAGAACGCAGAGCAACUCGAAGAUGGAUCAAAGCCACCUGUUUAGUGAAGAAUCUAGAAGCAAAUAACUUAUUACCUAAAGGCACAUCAGAACACAUUUUACCAACUGCCUUAAGCAGUCUUCCUUUGGAAGAUUUCAAGAUUCUUGAACAAAAUCAACAAGAUAAAACGUUACCAGUUCUCUAAAUCUAAAACACAUCAAGAGUACCUUCAUUUAAGAUUAGCCUGCAGAGAACUUAAUGCCCUUCAUUCUACUCAAAGGUAACGAUAUUUAAGGAAAUCAUGCCAAAAUUGGAUAUUUAAUAAAGUUUUACUUGAAGUAAUAUUAUUACUGUAUAAUUUAUGAAGACUUGAUUAAAAAAGAAAAAUGGAGAACUUUUUAUGAAACUUUUUUGAAAAAGAAUGGAAGUGCCUUACAUGAGAAUUACAUACUUAAAAAUUUUGCUAGGAAGUUAUGUUUCCAAGAUGUGUUUUGUUUUCAUCUUUUUAAACUACUUUUAAAAGAACAGUCUAUGACAAGUAAUGUGUUUAAUUUAUAUUUAAAAAAAAUUUUUUGUGUGUACCAAAGUUGGGAUAUUACAUUCUAAAUAAGAUGCUAAGUAGGAGUUAACCAACAUUAAAUAUGACUUUAAAACUGCUGGGUUUUGUAUUAAUUAAAUUAUUAUUGGCACUGUGAUUUGGAAACUUUAUUUUUAGAAAAGCCUGAAGUAUAGGGCAAGUUUUUUUAUUUAAACUUCUGUAUCUUUUUAACAGUAACAGUGAGCUAAUCAUGACCUCCCUUAUAAAAAUAUUAAUUUUUAAAAUAGGUUGUAAAAUAUUUCAAAAAUAUUUUUGAAUGUGAAGUACCCUUGAGUCAUCUAAGUUACGUAAAGCCUCAAGUACUUCUAGACUAGUAAAAACUGGUAGCAGAUUAUAUAUACCUUCUAAGAAAAUAUGUUGUAAAAUAAGAGAUCAGAAUCUAGCUUUUACCUUAAUUAAACAAAAAGAUAACUGUAUACUACUUUUACUCAUAAUAAAAAUACAUUUUUAAUUUCAAAAUUGAUGCAUUAGUAAGCAAAUAUGCCACCAAGUUCCAUGUUAAGAAACUCUCUCUGCCUUCGUAUUAUGUCGAUACCAAAACUUUUAAGCUUUUUUCCCCAUAAACCCACAAUAGAAUUUAAUCAUAGAAAAGUACUUGCCAUAUUAUAUCUUUACAACUUAUAACUUAAAAUGAGAUCAAUUUGUCUUACACAUCAGCUUGCUUUCUUCUUCCUUUUUAAUGAGAGUCAAAUAGAACUACCGUACUACAUAAGGGAAAUGAAAUGUAGUUCCCUAUAAAAAUACAUGUGUCUGUGAAUAAAGCUAUGCAAGUGCUAAUUAUUUUACAAUAUAGAAGAUCAAAAUUAUUCUUAUAAUUGCCACUUGAACAAUUAGAGUUUGCCUUACUUCACCAGAUAAAUGUUUAAUAAGAACUUUUUCCUUCAAAUAGCUUUGCUCAAAUCAUGCAAAAAUUUAUUAAAGUAUAAGUUAUUCAAUCCUGAUUCAAAUGUCUGACACCCCAUAUGAGAGUAGCAUAUAUCUAAUUAUAAAUUGCUGUAAAUCUUUAUAGAAGUUAAAUGCUACUUGAUGAAAAAAUAACUUUUUUUUUUUGACAUUUGCUUGGAUCCUACCAAAAAUCUUUUUACAGUAUUAGCACCCCUCUUUUAAUAAAGAAUGCCUCCGAAGCAACUAGAUUUCACAAAGGCAAAGUAGGAAAAGUCUGUUUUAGUCAUCAUCAGGCACUUACAACAAAUAUUUAUGAAAAUCCUUUUGAGUAUAUUGUAAACCUUUUUAGUCGUUGCAUCUGUAUCUUAAAUAUUGGAUGUAGCUCCUUGGAAUUGUCAUUAUAUGUUUGUUUUUUUCUAAUAUGGUUUCAAAUAUCUUUUUACCAAUACAUAAUCAUCAGCAAACAUAUUCUCACUAUAUCUACUUUAUAAUUCAAAAUAAGUUAGGCAAAUAAUCAUUUAUAUAUAAACUAUGUUUUUCAAAUAUAAACUUUCAUGUGGUUCAACACCCUUCUCCAAUACAAAACAAAACACCAAUUAAUGUAGGCUGGUUCCUAUCUAUAAUAAUAUUUUGGAAUCUAAAAAAAAUCACAAAAAGAAAACAAUAUAAAAUACAACAAGCUUUUGACAAAGUUAGUCUUCAUUAUUUGAGACCACUGAAUAAAUGAGCACUAAGUAAUUUUAAAGUAAAAAUAUUUUAUUUUCUGUCAUUUUCAUGUUACCAUCCUGAUAACAUGCUCCAAACUCUCCCUGCAUCAAAUUCUUUAAUUAACAUACAUUUGUGGACUUAAAACUAGUCUCAUUCAUAGAAAAAAACCUAAAAGGAAUCUUGUAAAAUCCUGUUUUCAGCUUGCUGAUAAAUUUAUCACUCUGACCAUAUAUCAUAAAACUAAUCAAAAUUAUGAUAGCCCUUUGUUCUCUGCCGAACAUAACAUAUAUCCUGUUCCUUCAAUGUCUGUCAUUGUCAUUCAUUCUAUGUCUAGUAUGCACUAACCUCUAUAAGGAACUCCAAAUGAAUAUGACCCAAUUUUCUGCCCAAACUCUCCUGGGAGAAAAAAAUAAAAAUUAUUUAUCAUACUAUGUGAUAAAUGUUUUAAAAGACGUGUGAAGUGCUUUGGUAAAUGGUGUAGAAUUGGGAUUUAAUGUAAACAAACUUUAGACCUUUUUAUUAUAAAAUACUUUUCUUUUGAAACAGAUUUCUUCUUAUGACUUAACCAUAGGAAGUAGAAGGUUGUUGGUGUUGACCUGAAUUACAUAGUGUUUUUUUAAAUGAGUUUUAAGGCAUUUUUCCAAUUAAAAUGAACACUGAACAAAUUUGUUCUUAAUGGUAUAUUUGUUAACAGGAAAGCAACUAAAUAAAAUAUUACAUCAAAGCCAAGUUAUUGGAGUUUAUUUGACAUUUGAUAUCUACUAACAGAUCUUUAGCUCACAGUCUUAAAAUUAACAAAGCACUGUGGCACCCAUUAGUUCUUUUGUUUUUUACAAAUAUUUUGUGUGGUAGGUGGUAUCUCCAAUUUACAGAUGAAGAAAUCCUUGUCGAUGUAAUUAUUCAUUCAGACAUUUAUUGUGUGCCAACUAGCACAGGGAUAGGAAUGGUAGUAAUCUAGGAAGUUCUAGAUUGAACACCAGUCUUCAGCCUCUAAAUCUACUCUGCCCAACACAUUAUAACUCUCUGAAUCACGUUGUUAGGAUAGGUUAUGUGUCUCAAAAAAAAUAAAAAUUUUACAUAUAUAUAGUAAAGAUAUUCUAUGAAGUCAUUGUUGCUCUUCUCUAAGUAGACUUUAUAAUGUUGGUAUUUUAUGUCAUUUCUCAAUAUUAGAAUACGGGUAAAUUUUAAUUUUGGUAUAAUAUAGAAAAUGGUUUAACUUUAUGCUAGAAAAUGGGAUUCUUUUGGUAUUUAGACAGUUGGAAACUUUCUAAAAUUAAUGAUUUUAUAAUGUACAUUAAACAACUGCAUAUUAUAUUCACAAAAUGUAAUCUAAGUAUGUUGAUAUUAAAAUCUUUUUUCCAAGGACAUUA